CGUACGUGAUUGUUGGCAUAUUGUCCUCAGCAGAGGGAUCCACUCCUCGCCGCAUCAGAGCAUUUUACUCAUAUUGCUGUGCUGGCCUCCGAAUGCCACUAAUCGCCUUUGCCUCACCACAUUCACUUUCUCGCGGAGAGCCGUGGACGCGACUUUGGAGGAGAGCCAGUUUCUCGAUAUCUGCCUGCGAAGGAUAGCCGCAUACUGCUAAAAGAAGAAGACAGAAAAGAAACGCCCUACUUCUCGCGGGCUUCAUUCCGACAAUCCGCGAUGGAGGCACUACGAACUGCUCUGCAGCCGCUGCGGCCCAUCACCGAGAGCCUGCCGGCCCCCAUCCGCGACCUCGGCGUGUCCAUCAUCGGCGAUGCCUGCUACAAGACCUUGAUCCUCGAACUCGACCCGACCGACGCGGAGUGCCUCAAGCUGGGCAUCUCCAAGGGCUUGGGCAUCGGCAUAAUCGGCGCCUCGUCCAUCGUCAAGGUUCCCCAGAUCAUCAAGCUCCUCAAGUCGCAGUCCUCGUCCGGCGUCAGCUUUCUCUCCUACCUCCUCGAGACGUCGUCGUACCUCAUCUCGCUCGCCUACAACGUCCGCAACGGCUUCCCCUUCAGCACUUACGGCGAGACCGCGCUGAUCCUCGGCCAAAACGCCAUCAUUUCCAUCCUCGUCCUGGACUACAGCGGCCGGCCCAACAUCGCGGCGCUGUUCAUGGCAGUCCUAGCGACCAGCGCGGUCACGCUAUUCAGCGAUAGGAUCCUGGACAUGCAAACCCUGAGCUACCUGCAGGCUGGCGCGGGCGUCUUAGGUGUCGCCAGUAAGGUGCCCCAGAUCGCCGCCAUCUACCAGGAAGGUGGGACGGGACAGCUGAGCGCAUUCACGGUCUUCAACUAUCUCGCCGGUUCGCUCUCCCGUAUCUUCACGACAUUGCAAGAGGUCGAUGAUAAGCUGAUCCUGUACGGCUUUGUGGCGGGCUUCGCGCUGAACCUGGUUCUCGCCGCGCAGAUGGUGUAUUACUGGAACGCGCCGUCGGCCAAGGCGCGGGGCAAGAUGAAGGAGGCUGCUCCGGUGGCUGCGGCUGCAGCGCCCAGCUCGGGCGUGUCCUCGGCCACCCCUAAGAGUAAGGGGCCGACUACGCGACGUAGGGGCUAGAUCCCUAGCGUCGGCGCCUCACCCUGGACGGACACGGGUGAUUUUUGUUAUAUACCGGUUUUAGCUAUCUCGAGAGACACAUGGGGUGCUCUUUAUUAAUAGACAGACAUUACGUCGUCGA